AUGCACGCACGCUCGGUGUCGACCGCUGCCCAGAGCGGGGCAUUUUCCAUUCCAGAAGAGCCCAUAUCUGUGCGUCACGCCGACGCGCAAACCGCGCUAGCCGCGGCGGACCGCAUGCGCACAGAGUCCGCACAGCAGCAACCACAAGUUGCGGCGCACGCCGCCGAACGCAAUGUGCGGCGUAUGCGCCGCAACAUGCUUGACACUAUGUCUGGCAUGGCCAGCACACAGACGCGCGAGGGCGCAUUCCGGCCGUAUAAGCUGCGCACGCAACCCCUCGAGCCGUAUCAGCUCACGCUCUCGCACCUCCUCGCCGCCACGGCGCAGCUCGGCAACGCGCGCACGCAUGUGCAGAAAAAUUUUCAGCCGUACCUCUACGGCAUGCGCCACGAGAUGGCGAUUAUUGACGUGGAGCGCGCGACGCUUCCGGCGCUGCGGCGCGCGGUGCAGGUUGUGCGUGGUGUCGCCGAGCACGACGGUGUCAUUCUCAUUCUCGGCACACGCUCCGGCCUUCAGCCCGCGAUCCGCGCCGCGUGCGCGCGACUCGGCGCCAACGGCUUCCAUGUAAGCACCGACCGUUGGGUGCCCGGUGUGCUGACGAAUGCGCCCAAGCUCCUUGCGCCGGCGAUCCAACACAGUGCCUCGCGCACUGGCCGCGACGGCGAUGAAGCGCCCAACACGACCAAGCUUGCCUCGCAGCUGUACCAGCCAGAUCUGGUCAUUGUGCUCAACGUCUCUGAGAAUGCACACGCCCUGCGCGAAGCGACGCAGUGCAAUAUUCCCACCAUGGCCAUUGUCGACACCAACGUCGAUCCACGCGCGGUGACCUACGCGAUCCCUGCCAACGGCGACUCGGUCCGUGUCGCAGAGCUCGUUGUCGGUGUCCUUAGCAAAGCCGGCGAGGACGGACUGCGCCGCCGCCACGACCGUGUCGAGGCGUGGGACAAGCGCGAGCGCAGCCUCCGUCGCCGCGCCCAAAAAAGCGCGCCGUAG